GACAGGUUGAGAAAACCUUAAAAACAAAAAAAUAUGAAGCAGUGGAGGAUAAUACUGGAAGGGAACUGGCGAGGGCCAGAAAAAUAAAAGAAGAAGAGAUCUUGGGGGAAAGGAGGUUUUAUUUGACGUGGGAAAGCAGGCAUGAACUGAGAGUACAGCUGAAGGGGCUUUCUUGCGAUUGAGAAAGUUCUCCUAGCAAUGUGGGAGGAGAGGAUUAGCUGAGAGGGAGGGGAAGAGAGGUUUCACCUGAGACAGGAGAGUUCUGUACCUGAAAGGGAGGGGGCCCUGACACAUUUAGACAUUUCACAUCAGUGCACACCAUGUACCUUGCUCUCAUCUGCUGACCUCACUUCUUUAUCCAUGGAACAUCAUCCGCCUUAUGUCAAUGCUCCUUAUAUACCCCCUCCUAACAAUCCACCUGGAAGCCAUGGAACCUUCUACCAACCAUACAGCAUUCAGCCAGGGCCACCUACUACCCAUUAUAUCAUUGACAGACCCUCAACACGAAAGUUCCCACUUUCAAAUCGUGGGGUAAAUGCCACCUUGAUUAUCAUCGGAAUCAUUGUGGUUUCUGGACUCGGGCUGAUCGCUGCAUAUAAACUGAAUGCAUUUACUACUACGCCAUCAAAUUCAAUUCCCAGAGAGAAAUGCCUCCCUAACGUCACGCUAUGCAAUGGAGUCGCUGAGUGUGCACGAGGAGGGGAUGAGAUGGGAUGUGUGAGAUUUCUAGGGAAAAAUUCCAUGCUCGAAGUCAUGUCCCGCAAAAAGGAGAACUUGUGGUUACCUGUGUGUUACAAUGAAUACAGUGCAGAUUUUCCCUCCUUUGUGUGCCAGCGCUUUGGAUUUGAAGGAACUCCUGCAACAAGUCCAACAAGUCCAGUGGAUGGUGUUUCUAAUGAGGGUCUGUACAGUACUGGGACACAGGGCACCAUCCAGGGAAGCCUACAAAGUACAACCUGUUCCAGUGGUCAGUUCCUGUCCCUGAGGUGUUCAGACUGUGGUAAAAGAAUGACAAGCAGGAUAAUUGGAGGGAUAUCAGCAAAACUUGGGGAUUAUCCAUGGCAGGUCAGUCUGCAUCAAAAAGCUGGAAACAGAUUUAUCCAUGUCUGUGGCGGAACUAUCAUCAACAUCAAAUGGGUUGCCACUGCCACCCACUGUUUCCAAGAAAAUCCAGACCCUGCCAACUGGAGAGUAUAUGCAGGGAUAAUUAAUCAGCAUAGUCUAAAUGCAGCACAUACUGUCACAGUCAUCGUUAGAAAUGAGCAUUACAAUGCGGACUCUGACGAUUACGAUAUGGCUUUGAUGAAGGUGAAGCAACCGUUCCAGUUCACAGCUUCUGUUCAGCCAGCCUGCUUACCAACAAUUGAUCAAACAUUCAGUCAAUCUGACAGCUGCUUUAUUUCUGGAUUUGGCAAAACCAUAGCAAAUUCUGAUGAAGGCUCACAAUUUCUGAUGCAGGCUCAAGUACAGAUUAUCCCAACAUCAGUGUGCAACAGAGUAAAUGUAUAUAAUGGAGCAAUCAGUGGCAGGAUGGUGUGUGCUGGUUAUCUCGAAGGAAAGGUUGACUCGUGUCAGGGGGACAGCGGAGGACCUUUGGUGUGCCAGCAAGAUGGCAUCUGGUACCUGGUAGGAGUUACAAGCUGGGGAAGUGGCUGUGGGCAACCCAACAAACCUGGGGUGUACAGCAAUAUUCACGCUUUCCUUCCAUGGAUAUACAAACAAAUGGAGUUGGAGAGAAAUUCAUGACCACAGAAAAAAGCCCUGAUGGAAGAAGGAUGGUGGGAUGUUCAGAGAUAUGGCUAUAUUUGUAUCAGUGAAGGUGGCCAAGGAAGGGUUAGGAAUCAAGGCAUUUUAAGGCCAUUAAGUGGCCAUGUGUGAUCGCAGGUACUGUACACUGUUACAGUAUAACGAUAAACAAUAUUAAAGAAAAAAUAUUCUAGGCAACAAAAAGUAAUUUGGGCUGCUCUACAGAAAACACAUACCAGUCAGCUCAUGCUUGAUAGUGGCAAUACAAAGCAAUCAAGAAGGUUCUCUACAUGAUCAGGGUCACCUAUGAGCAAAGUGCUUGUUAAGUGCUCCAUUUAGAUGUUUUAUUAGUAAAAAGAUGGAGAAAAUUAUAAUUAUUUGCUUAAAAUAGAGUCUAUGGGAGAUGGCCUUCCUGGCUAUCUGGCUUCCUGAUAAGGGAUCUAUGGCUGUUCCUACCAUAAGGCAAGGUGAAAACUUUGCUUCAAGCAGCUGUGAGUGGUCAGUUACCAGGGAUGGCAAAAAGCUGCCUCCUGUAAAUCUAAGAGCUGAAUUCCAUUUUUUAAACCAGAAAUUUGGCUCAGUUGGUGCAAAUGUGCACUAGUACUCAUUGACCGCUUUGACCCACUCAACGCUAAAGUUUUAAGUGAGGAGAGGGGGCAGGCAGUAGCAGCAGCCCCAGGAUCGCCCCAAACGGAUCUCAUACAUGUAUAUGUGUGCGUGAAAUAUUUCAAUGGAGAACAGAUAUGCCCAAAAAAUGUACAUGUAUUACAUUAAUACUAUGGAAGAGCUACCCUCUGAGAGGCCUCAGAGGGCCGAGUGGGUUCUCUUACUGACGCUAACUCUGCUUAUAACAUAUGCUUUUGAAAAUAUAGUGGUAAAAUAGUUCCUUGGUUUUUAUUUCUUUUUUAAAGUAAUAUACAGUAUUACUAAAUGUUAGGUUUGCCACCUGGUUUUGACCUGGACAGCCGAGUGUUUGAGUUUGUCUGAGUCAAAAGUGCCUACCUGGUUUUGCAAAUUAAGAAAAAUGGACAGAAUUCCCUGAGAUUGAUGUGGAGAUUGGCCAUUCACCAAGCACCAUGUCAUAGCUCUGCCCUUGAUGUGACUGCUCCACCUCCAGAACGUCACUAGGGGGCCCGCUGCACAUAAUCGGCCCGCUAAGAGUUAAAGGUGGCAACUCUACUAAACACACGUUGUCUCUUAGUAGAAAUGGGGAGAUUUCCUUACUUUCAGGAUACAUCUGUAACUGCAUUAUUUGUUAUUACACAUACACCUGUAUGUGAUCAUAGUGGAGGCACGGCAAAAAAUACAUGUAUAUUGGUUUGUAUUAAAUAACUUUCGGGGGAAAAAAUAAAACCAAAGGAUCUCACAUGUUUUGAUAUGAGUGUUCUGCUGCCACUCUUCCUUGAUGGCAAGAUCUAGAAUAAAUUGCAAAAAAAUUCUAUCACUGGGCAGUGCCAUAAUGUUGCUCAAAGGUCAAGCAAAACUGAAACUGUUUCUUUUUUGCAAUUUCUUUUUUUACAUACAUUCACUUAUUUAAACUUGUGGCCAAAAUGUAAUUUAUAAUGAACAAUAUAAUGUUAUUUACCUAUGCUGGAUCAGGAUGAUGGUUCAUUAAAAUGAGCAGUAUUCAAAAUUA